UAUAUUAAAAACAGCUCACACUACAAAGAAAUAGCAAGAGAAAGGCGGAAAUAAUUGAAAAAAAAGAUUGCGUGUCUUUUUCUUAGAUAAAAAACAAAACUUUUAAAUCUAUUAACAAAAACUAAAAAAAAAUCCCCAACAGACAGUAAAAAUGGAUCGUGGUUCUGGCCGUUAUUCCUACAAUCGCCGUCAGGGUGGCGGACAAAGCGGUGGUGGUCACAACAAUCAACACCAUAACAAUCAUUCAAACUCAUCACUUUCCUCUUCAUCGUCAUCUUCUCUAUCCUCUUCAUCUAAUAAUCAUAACAACAAUAAUCAUUAUGAUAAUCAUAAUUCCUAUUCACAUCGUAAUGCAUCAAGCAACAAUUCCUCAUCACAUUAUUCCAACAAUUCACAACAGAAUUCAACUUCAUCGACAUCAUCGUCGUCGGGCGGUUCGUCUGCAUCGAUGUAUAUAAAUUCAACCACACACAUAAGCAAUAAUACAUCAAAUAUGUCCCGCGAACCGAUAACACAACACGAUGAACUUAUACGCUACAUAAGGGAAGCAUGGACAAAAGUUAGUGAACAAAGUACAUCAGUGCUAUACAACGAAUCUGAUAAUCAAUUAAAAAAUUUUAAACCAUUUAAUUUGGAGGAAUACUGGGGCCAGCGACUGGUUCAAAACAUACAUGUCUCUCAUGGUCAUCAAUAAAUAGAGCAGCAGUGACAGCUUCUCUAUAACAAAAUCAUAAUGAUUUAAAAAUAUACUUUAAUAAUUCAAAAUAUAUAUAAAUUUGAAAAACUUGACAAAUUGAAAGAAAAACAACCACAACAACAACAUUUAUUUAAAACAACAAAGAAAAUAUUUGUUUUGCAAACUGCAAAAAUGUAAACAAAAUUUAAAAAAAAAACAUUUAAGAAAAAUACUUGACAACAAUAAUUAACAUUAUAUUAUUAUGACACAAUUUUCAAAUCCAACAUAAAAAUAAUUAAAAAAAAAAUAAAACUUUAAAUUCCGUUUAAAUUUAACAUACAUAAUUGAUAUUUAUACUCUUUGAAAACAUAAUUAUGUAAUAAUAAUAAAAAAAAACGUAAAACAAUUAAUUAUAUACAGGGUGUUUAAAAAAAUAUGUUUUUAUUAUUUAAUACAUAUUAUAAUUAAAUGGGUAGAGGGUUUCAAAUUAUUAUUAAAAUUGUUAAUGAUUUUUAUAAAUUCAAUUAAUAUUUUUUCAUUUUUUUAUACACUUAAAUAUAAAUUAAGCAUUUUUUCUUUUAAAUUUAAACAGCAUUUGAAAAUAAAGUUAAAAAAUCCAAACUGCCAUUGAAAAAUAAAAAAUGUUGCUAUUAUUUUUUUGUAACAACGUUUGUAUAAAAACAAACGCCAAUGUAUUUUAUAUAUACUAUGUAAUACAUAUGUAAUGAAUUCAUGCAUAUAUAUAUUAAGCAUCCUGUAUAUAAUUAAAAAUUUCCAGCCCCCAUUUUAAUAAUAAGCAAUAGCAUCUUAGUAUUUAAACAAAAUUUAAAAAAGAAACCUUUAAGACACCAACAUUUUAUUAAACAAAACAAAAGAAACAAAUUAUACUAAAUCUUAAACAAUAACUUGGCAUACAUAAAUAAUGUCACUUCAAAUUAAUGAAAUCAAACAAAAUAUGUAAAUCCACCCUCUUUCCCAUUUUUAAUUCUAACCAUUCCUUUUAUUACAAAAAACAAAAUAUUAACUAACCUCUUUAUGUUGUGUUUUGAAUUGAAAUUGAAAUAAUUUACUUUAAUUAUUUAGUUCUUAUGCUUUUGUAUAUGUUUUCUGUGUAAUUUACAAAAUUAAAUUUGUAUUUAUUUAACACAAACCAGAAAAGUUGAGAAUAGUCCAUGUUUAUGUUUUAGUUUGUUAAUAAAACAAAGAAGAAAAAUAAGUUUUUUUUUUUUGAUUUUAAACAGAGUUUGGUUAUUUAUUACUACAAAGAAAUAUACAUAUAAUAAAACAAAACUUAAUUAAAUUGGGUAUAAAAACAAUGUUAAUGAUUUAAUGGACAAUAUUGUAUUGCUGGCCUUUCUAUUGUUUUUAUACUGUAAUUUAAAGUUUUGUCCAUACACUUUCUAUAUUAUUCUAUAUUACAUUUUAGAAGAAAUAUCGUGACUAGAUUACUUUUGUCUCAAAACAUAUUUAAAAAAAGGUUUUUCAGUAAAUAUAAGACGCAUCAUAUUUAAAAUACAUAAUAAAUUUGUCACGAAUAA